UUGCACACUGACUUGGAUAACGGGGAGAGUGCAGUGAAAUACACUCUCUCAGGCGAUGGCGCUGGAACCAUCUUCACCAUCGACCAGAUCACCGGGGACAUACAUGCUUUGCGCAGUCUGGAUCGCGAGGAGAAGCCUUACUACACACUACGAGCUCAAGCGGUGGACAUCGAGACCAACCGACCGCUGGAACCAGAAUCAGAGUUUGUCAUCAAGGUGCAGGACAUCAAUGACAAUGAGCCAAAGUUCCUCGAAGGGCCCUACACGGCUAGCGUACCCGAGAUGUCACCUGUGGGAGUCAUCAGGACAGCUCUACCCAACAUGGACCGGGAGGUGAAGGAACUGUAUCAGGUCCUCAUCCAGGCCAAAGACAUGGGCGGACAGUUAGGGGGUCUGGCAGGGACCACCACCAUCAACAUCACCCUGAGUGACGUCAACGACAACCCACCCAGGUUCUCCAAAAGCAUCUUCCACCUGCGUGUACCAGAGUCAUCAGCAGUUGGGUCAGCGGUUGGCCGAAUCAAAGCUCAUGAUCUGGACAUUGGAAAGAACGCAGAGGUGGAAUACAAUAUCGUCCCUGGAGAUGGAGGAGCCAUGUUUGAUAUCACCACCAACGAGCACAAUCAGGAGGGAAUCAUCAUGCUCAAAAAG